UUGGCCCCAACACCCAUUGGCAUGGGCAAAACCAAAAAACGAAAGCAGGGUCCCGGGUCUUCUGAUGCCACUACUGUGGUCUUCAAGAAACAAAAACUCGAUACCGACGACAUGAUUGGCGAUCUUAUUCUUGUUGACGAGCUCGAGAUGACAACAGACACUCUUACCAUCUUAGCCAAAAACCCAGAAUUAAUCUCUCUCAAGGCCCUUAAACCGUUUAGGACAGCAAUACACGACUACUGGCGCGUCGCAACAGAGACGUCCAACACUGGAUCUUCUCUAACCUCACGAAUAUCAUCCGCUCUUGUCGACCAUCGCCAUAUUGACGCCCUCGUAUUGCUUUCCGAGAUGGAAAUUCGCGGAGUGGUGCCCAAGCUCGGUGCUCUCCAGCGCUGGGUGCGCGAAUGUGACGCAGUACUUGACCCGUCCAUGUCACAAGAGGAGGAAAACCUCGUUUGGCGCGUGCUCAAUGCAAUUCUGCGGACCACACAGCCUCAAUACAUACCCUCAUCAUCCACGCAAGGUGGUUCGAUAAAACCAGGCAGUCGUUUGCGGUGGUAUCCCCCAUUCUCUGUCGAGACAACUCUUCCCUCCCCAUCAUUAACUCCAAGAGGUGACCUCCAUGUUGAAGCCAUCAAGCCAUUGCAUACCACACCUGGACCAGAGAGACGACCACCGAAUAAACACGCUGCCAUCGUAUAUUACUCUCCUCCAGGAACGAUUCCGCUUCUACCUUCUUCGCAACGUAAGCCUCAACGAUUCGAUGUUCCCGGCGUCCCAGGAGGCUUCGUUAUUAAUGACGUUUUCGACCCUUCAGAGUGCCAGAGUCUUAUUCACGCUGCAGAAGCAGUGGGUCUGCUCCCUGACGAACCGAUUGCUGGGUCUGCAACCCAAUUAACUUCCGUGCUUGCACACAACUUUAUCUGGCUGGCUGAUGAGUCAUUCAUCGCGACUCUCUAUGAGCGAGUAGUCGAUCUUUUGCCACAAACCGUCAAAGGUGGUGUCGUCCGUGGUAUCAAUCGCCGGUUCAGAUUAUAUCGCUAUCGCCCUGGCGCACUAUACCGACCACAUAUCGAUGGUGCUUGGCCUGCCUCUGCCAUGAGCUCUUCGACACCACCUUCAUAUAUUUACGACUCGGAUCCUUCCCUUUACUCACGUUUGACGUUCCUCAUCUACCUGAAUGACAACUUUUCUGGUGGCUGUACAACUUUCUUUCUUCCGGGUGCUGAAGUGGGUGUGAUGGAUGCACGGCCAGUCAGACCGAAAGCAGGGUCCGUUUGUGUCUUUCCUCAUGGCGCCGCGUUAGGAAGUUUACUGCAUGAGGGGAGUGGGGUCACUGAAGGGGAAAAAUACGUGAUUCGCACAGAGGUGUUGUACGAAGUAGACGCAAGUGAGCGGGUGGAGAGUUUGUAG